UUCCUUUGUCGUUCCUGUUUAUCCCUCUCCACUACUACAUAUACACACUCUCCCUCUACUCCUCGAUUGUCAUCGCAUUGCGUUGCGCCACUCUAGUCUCACUUCCAAUUCCUCACAUCACCCAAUUCUAUCCUCAUGACGAUGGUCAUUGACAACCAGAACCGCCAGUACGGCGGUAUGGGCUUCGACAACGUCUACCACCACAAUAUGCCGCAUCACAAUCCCCCUCAAUUCACCGAUCCCUGGGCCGCCGCACACACAUCCUCUCACUCCCAACCCCCCGUCUACGCGACUGCCAUGGCCUCCGACGGUAUCAACCACGUCAAGCAGGAAGAAGUGAGCCGGCCGUCCGCCAUCUCCAUGCCCUACCCCAGCAUCCCCGUUUCCGCGCCCUCGCUGGUCACCGGAAGCAAUUACUCGACCGCCACCACGGCUCCCAGCUAUCCUGGCCCGGAGAUGAUGACCAUGCAGCACGACAUGCCCCGGACCACCUUUGAAUCCGCUCCUACCUACACCACCGCUUCCUCCAUGAGCAGCUUUGCCGCCCCUGCAAGCUAUGCGCCGAUUAGCUACGCUCCUCCUCUUCACCCGCCUCACGACAGCCGUCGGAUAUCUCAUGCUGAUAGCCGCGCACAGCCUUCUUCCGCUCCUACCUUUGGUGACGCGCUGGAUGCUAGCCGGGGAAUGGUUGCGCUCAGCCAGGACUUGACCCCCCGAAACAUCUAUGGCCCUCGCAAUGCGAGAGGCUCGGGUGACUCCUACGGUUUCCCCUCGACCCAUUCGUCCGGAUCGUCGAUUUCUUCCGGCGGCAACUACCCCUACUACAGCGCUUCUGUUGGCUCGGUCGAAUCGUCCGUGACCGACUACAGCUCUACAACAUCGGAAUCCUACGAUAACCUUCCUUCGCGCACACUCCCCCGGCCAUCCAACCUGCUGACCGGAAGCGCGCCUCCCGGACCCCAGUCCAUGAUGAGCCAGUUCAGCUCGAAAAUGCCAUCCAACACCCAGAAGAAGCACAAGUGCAAGGUGUGCGACAAGCGAUUCACCCGCCCAUCAUCCUUGCAAACACACAUGUACAGUCACACCGGCGAAAAACCAUUCGCAUGCGACGUUGAAGGUUGUGGCCGACACUUUUCGGUUGUGUCCAACUUGCGCCGACACAAGAAGGUCCACAAGGGUGAAAAAGAAGGCGCUUCUGGCGAGGACGAGGAAUAAAUCCUGCCCUCUCCUUAAGUUUAACGUCCAACGUUUAAUGUCCUUCGUUUUUUCCUCUGAGCCUUGUGUUGAUCGCAUCAUGACAUCCUGCCUACGGGAUUGUCCAGUGUCGCGUUACACUGGAUUUUCCCGAUCGGCCUUUUGCCCUCUUGUACAACAGUU